CAUUGUUCAACUAACACACUUUUACAACUCUGGUUAUUUGACACAUUCGGAUUGCAACUUACAAAAUUUGUUUAUUUCUAUUUUACGAGGAGACUAAACGCUAAAAUGUUACCGCUUUCACUCCUUAAAACUGCCCAGAGUCACCCAAUGCUUGUGGAACUAAAAAAUGGUGAAACAUAUAAUGGGCAUUUGGUCAGUUGUGAUUCAUGGAUGAAUAUUAAUUUACGUGAUGUUAUUUGUACCUCAAAGGACGGCGAUCGGUUCUGGCGUAUGCCCGAGUGUUAUAUACGUGGCAGUACAAUUAAAUACCUCCGUAUUCCAGAUGAAGUAAUUGAUAUGGUAAAAGAAGAUGCUCAAGCUAAAUCAAGAAAUCGUGCUGAAAUGAAUAAAGGUCGAGGAGGUGGCCAAGGUGGUGCACAGAAUCCAAAUCAACGUGUGCGUGGUGUUAAUAGAAGUAAUUUCAACAAUAGAGCUCCACAAGGAAUAACUACAGGCAAUACCGCUCUCAGACAGAAUACACAAAAUAAUCGAUCUGUUACACAGCCAAACAAAUUAAGAAAAUAAUGUAUCAACUAUAAAAUAUAUAAAAGUUUAACUUUAUACAUGUAUAAUUUUUAAAUUAAUAUUACUAUUAUAGGCUGUUAACUGUUCUCACAUUUAACCGAAAUUAAGAUCUAGACAGGAAUAAAUUAUUUUUUACAAUUAA